UUAGACCUGACGGAGGUGAAAGAUCCACAACGGAAUAAAUUCGAGGAGAAAUAUCAGUGUCAGGACCCUUAUGAAAACAUACCCGGAGAAAAACCUCGUACAUGUCAACCAACUAACACAAAUUCUUCACAAAAAAAGACGUUUGUGUGCCCCCAGUGUGGAAAGAGUUUCAAACAAAAAGGACAUCUUGAAGAUCAUAUAAGAAUUCACACUGGUGAGCGGCCUUUCAUUUGCCUUCAGUGUGGAAGGAAAUUCACACACAAAGGAAAUCUUAAGGAUCAUGUGAGAAUUCACUCUGGAGAGAGGCGAUUUGCAUGCCAGCAGUGUGGAAAAAGAUUCAUGCAUAGUGCAAACCUUGUGGAUCACAAACGAAUUCACUCCGGAGAGAAGCCCUUCACAUGCACUCAGUGUGAAAAGAGUUUUACACAUGCCACAAGUCUCAAAACUCACUUGCUCUCUCACUCUGGAGAAAAGCCAUACACUUGUGAUCAGUGUGGUCCAAAAUUUCGCCUGGCGGCACACUUGAAAAGACACCUGAGAAUUCACACAAGUGAGAGGCCGUAUGUGUGUUCUUUUUGCGGAAAGAGCUUCUUAUGGCUGUGCUACUUUAAAGACCACCAGAAGAGACACGCUGAUGUGAAAGCCCACGUGUGCUCUGACUGCGGCAGUGCCUUCACUAGAGCCAGCGAAUUAAAACGGCACCAAAGAACCCACACUAGAGAAAAACCCUACAAGUGCUCAUAUUGUGGAAAGUGCUUUUCUGAGUCUGGAAACUUGAAAAAACACGAGAGAGUUCAUACUGGAGAGAAGCCGUACCUCUGCCCUUCAUGUGGGAAGAGUUUCAGCCAGUUUAGCCAUCUACUGAGACAUUUAAAAGGACAUUGUCCAAAGUUGUCACAGUUUAUCCUCAGACCCCAAGCUGAACGACUUCUUCCUGGGACCUGAAAGUAAACAUCAGCCCUAAAGUUGAUCACAGAUUAUCAUGCGGUCUGAAGAUAAAUGUUGAGCCUGAAGCUGAACAAAGUUUGUUGUGUGAUGUAAAGGUGAACACAGGGCCUGAAAGUGAACAAAAUUGAUCUUCCGGACACUUUCAAGUAAUUUGUAUGAAAUUCAAAAUGGCAAUUUCAUCUAAAAGGGUAAUUUGCUAAAAUGCUUUACUUGAAGAACAACAAUUAAGAUUUUGGCAAUAAAUUAUCCAAAACCAGUA